UAAGUUCAUGUUUUAUGGUGUCUGGAAGUAAAGCCAUUUCAAAAACCUCCAGAAUGCAACAUCACAAAUUAGCAGGCGCUAACCGUUAACUAGCCGCCUCAGCUGUGCCAGCAUGUUGCCUAGCAACCGAAGCAGAGUGCCAGGAUGUUUGCACAGCUGGUUUUCAAACUCAAAGUUCACAUUCAAAAAUACUUUAUUCAUCCUUAAGGAGAAUUAAAUCUUGUUGUAGAUUCCUUAAAGAGUUACUGAAGAUGGUGAUAGCUGUUGUAUGCGCUGUACAAUGGCUGCUGGAAAUGACAAAUAUUUUGUUGUUGACUUAACAGCCAGAAAACCACCCACUGCAUUCUUAUUGGUCGUGCAGAAGGCUCUAUUUUUACUUUUCAAAGAUGUUACGGUCGUAUAAUGUCAGCCAUUUUCAUGUGCGAGUGUUAAAACAUUGAGUUGGGAGGCGAGGCCAGCAGCAACCCAUUAGGAUUUAAAGUGACAGGAAGCUCAUUCUGAAAGGAGCUCAACGUAAACUGAACUGAUCAAACAAAAAUGUCAUUAUCUGAGAAUAAUUUUGUGUAGAAAAAUGUAACGAACAUGUUUUGUACAGGCAAUAGACCUAUCCUUAGCUGUUCAAGCUAAACAGAGACUUAAAGAGGAGCAACAGAAACAAAUGAGGUUGAGCAGUACCGUAAACCAGAUCAUUUUACUGUGGAAUAUUGUUUCUGUUGCUUGGAAAUUGAGCUGUUUAUGUGUCACAACAGUAAUUAAUGUCAUACAGCAACAGUUUACAGUCAGAGGCUUCUUCAGAAUUGCUGUAAGUCUGACUGCUACUGGAAAUCCCUCCUCCUGACAGCAUCACCAUCUGAAACGACUCUAUGAAGAUCCAUGGAUGAUCGUGUCGCUACUCCACAUCCUUGAUCGUCUUCUGACCAGAGGGGAAAUAACAAUCACUCCACCAUUCAUAUGCGCUGACAGUGACAUGCAGCACAGAGGGCGGCUGCUGCUGCUGCGUACACAGAGAAACAUUACAACCUCAGAGAGGAUCCAGUCAGGAGCAAAGCCAGAAAUCUGAUUCAGGAGCUUCUUUCCAGACAUCUGUUUUCCUCCUCAGCCCUGCAGCAGGAAACAAAGCAGAAGGGUAAGAAGGUCAGCCGGUGAUGGACCUGGUCGUCUGACGCGUGACGUCCAGAGGAAGGCUUGAAGAACGAAGCGACAAGGACCGAGCACAAUGAGCGGUCAGGACAAAUGGGUCACAAUGACCCCGGCAGAGUUUGCCCUGCUGCAGGAAUACACUCAGUACUCCACCAAGAAGCUGAAGGAUGUGUUGCAGGAGUUCCAUGGAGACGGAGUGUUGGCUAAAUACAACCCAGAGGAGAAACAGGAAAUCCUCAGUCAGGAGAUUGACUUCGAAGGUUUCAAGGUCUUCAUGCAGACUUUCCUGGAGAGUGAACUCCCCGAGGAGUUCUGUCAACAUCUCUUCAUGUCGUUUAGCAACAAGGGACCCAAACCCAGUCCCUCAUCUGCUGACAAGCCCAGAGUCUCUGGCCUUAAGCUCAUCAAAAGCAACUCGACUCCCCCAAAGACCCCCGCCCCGCCCGGUCCUCUGGAUAUGGUGCAGCUGAAGGAUAUUGUGUUUUACCUCUCGCUGCUGGAAGGCGGGCGCCCUGAGGACAAACUAGAGUUUAUGUUUCGGCUCUACGACACAGAUGGAAAUGGAUCGCUGGAUAGCUCGGAGCUGGAGCACAUUAUCUCCCAGAUGAUGCACGUAGCAGAGUACCUGGAAUGGGACGUGACGGAGCUCAAACCAAUCCUCCAGGAAAUGAUGCAGGAGAUUGACUAUGAUCAGGACGGCACGGUGUCCCUGGGGGAGUGGAUCCAAGGAGGCCUGACCACCAUCCCACUGCUGGUCCUGCUGGGUCUGGAGACGAAUGUAAAAGAUGAUGGGCAGCACGUGUGGAGGCUGAAGCACUUCAACAAACCCGCCUACUGUAACCUGUGUCUCAACAUGCUAAUUGGGCUGGGGAAGCAGGGACUCUGCUGCUCAUUUUGCAAGUAUACGGUCCAUGAGCGCUGUGUGGCUCGCGCUCCACUUUCUUGCAUCAAAACGUACGUGAAAUCCAAGAAAAACACUGAGGUAAUGCAUCAUUUCUGGGUGGAGGGGAACUGCCCCACCAAGUGUGACAAGUGUCACAAAACCAUUAAGUGUUACCAGGGACUGACUGGGCUCCACUGUGUGUGGUGUCAAAUCACGCUCCAUAACAAGUGUGCUUCCCACGUCAAACCUGAGUGUGACUGCGGACCCCUGAAGGAUCACAUCCUGCCCCCAAACUCAAUCUGCCCCGUCGUCCUGGAACGACAGUCGACUCUGAGAAAGGACUCGAGGUCCAGUCAGUCGAGUCGAGGAAAGAUGCAGAGGGCGAACUCUGUCACAGUGGACGGCCAAGGAUUGCAGAUCACAACAAUAGAGGGCACUCAUCCUCUGCUGGUGUUUGUCAAUCCGAAGAGCGGGGGCAAGCAGGGGGAGAGAAUUUAUAGAAAGUUCCAGUACCUCCUGAACCCGAGACAAGUGUACAACCUGGCCAAGAAUGGACCAAUGCCGGGUUUGAACUUCUUCCGAGAUGUUCCUGAUUUUAGAGUAUUGACCUGUGGAGGCGACGGCACUGUGGGCUGGAUCCUGGACUUUAUUGAUAAGGCCAACCUGGACAGGAACCCCCCUGUAUGUAUACUUCCUCUUGGCACGGGCAAUGACCUGGCGAGAUGUCUGCGAUGGGGAGGAGGCUACGAGGGCGAAAACCUCCUGAAGAUCCUUCGGGACAUCGAGAACAGCACAGAGGUGAUGCUGGAUCGCUGGAAGAUCGAUGUGACAUCUGCUGACAAGGAGGAGCGAGGGGACCCGGUGCCUUACAGCAUUAUGAACAACUACUUCUCCAUAGGAGUGGAUGCAUCUAUUGCACAUCGUUUCCAUGUGAUGAGAGAAAAACACCCUGAGAAAUUCAACAGCAGAACAAAGAAUAAGCUGUGGUACUUUGAGUUCGGCACUUCGGAGACAUUUUCGGCCACGUGUAAGAAGCUCCAUGACUUCUUGGAGGUGGAGUGUGAUGGCGUCACCCUGGACCUCAGCAGUAUCUCCUUAGAAGGCAUUGCUAUCCUCAACAUUCCCAGCAUGCAUGGCGGCUCCAAUCUCUGGGGCGAGAGCAAGAAGAGGCGAGGUCAGCGCAAGGCGGGAAAGAAGAGUCAAGAAAAACGGACGCCAGUGGUCGACCCCAAAGAGCUCAUGUUUGCUGUUCAAGACCUUUCUGACCACCUUCUGGAGGUGGUGGGGCUUGAAGGAGCCAUGGAAAUGGGUCAGAUCUACACGGGCCUGAAGAGCGCCGGUAGACGGCUGGCCCAGUGCUCCUCUGUAACCAUCAGAACCACUAAGUCCCUACCGAUGCAGAUUGAUGGUGAACCGUGGAUGCAGACUCCCUGCACUAUUCAGAUCGUCCAUAAGAACCAGGCUCACAUGCUGAUGGGAGCGCCGCAAGGCCGCAGCUUCCUCUCUUCAAUCCUCAGACGAACGCGCUCUGAAAGCAAAGACUAAACCGUCGUCGAAUCCGAGUCGUUUUAAGCAGAAGCAGCUGCAGCAGUUUCAUCAAGACCCAGUGGUCCAGUUGUUGAAGGGACUUUGACGCCUGUUUGAUAGCCCAGCGGCCGUUAGCGCUCUGUAGCUUCGGUUUGUGUUGCCUGCAGCAUGAAGAUGUCUCUGAGAUUGAAUCCAAAAUAAGCUGUGAUUGGAACAGAGUUUGAUCUUCUGUGAGCUCCAAAAAUACCCCAGUUAUUUCUGGAAGUCCACCUCUGUUGUUCUAUUUUCUGUAAAAAUUUAUUUUAUUUUCUUGCUGUUGUCUUCUGUGCCAAUUUGAACAACCAAAUGGAUGAAUUAUGCAUUUCUUAAUUUAAUUUUUGUUACUUAGGCUUAUUUUUAAGUAUUUCUGCAUUCACCUGAUGCACGAUGGAAAGUAAAAAAGGUUGCUGCUGUUUCAGAUGAUUGUAAGCUAUAAAAUCUGUUUUUCACUCAUGAAUUAUUCAGAUUAAUUUGCAAUAUUUUUCUUAUGAGUUGUCCAAUUUUUAUGCUGCUCUUUAAAUGGGAAACACUUAUUGAUUAUUCAUAAAACAUGCAUGCUCUUUUUUGUUGUAUGCUGGGAGAUUUCUAGGAAGUUUCACCAAUUCCUUGUACAUUUGCUGUUGCAUGAAAAAAGCUACAGAUUUGAAAAUAUUGUGGACAUUUUUAAAUCUAGGCUUUGAAGCACUCGUCUUUACUUUUAUCACUGAGAUGAAUGAAUUUUGGUUGAAAAGUGCCAUAAAUUACAGAGCAAACACAGCAGCCAAGUAUGUAAAAUCACAACUACAUGUUUGGUUCUCUUGGAAGCAUGAAUUAAACACCAAGGUCUUGAAAUAAGUUUACUCACUGUGUUUAUAGUGCAAAACGUUCACACAGCCAACAUUUACAGUUCUCCAGAGGCUUUUUUAUUGUCUUUUAUGCAAAAACACAAAACAUUACAAGGUAUUUUUGGUGUAGAUUUAUGUUAUUACACUUAAAAUGAGACCAAACUUACUUACAAAUAACUUUUAAGCAAGGUAUAGGUUCUUGAUUAAAGAUUAUUCCUUAAUAUUGAUGAAAAAUUACAGCACAGAUGAUUUCACUCAUAACCAGGCAUUUUUCCCAUGUUAAAUUUGUCUUUUUUUCAAGUGCAAUAAGACAUUUUCACUGGAAACUAGACCAAAACUACCUGGUAAUAUUUUGUAUUUUGCAGUGUAGUAAAAUUUGCCUGGAAAUAAUCACACCAAGCAAACUUUUAACUUUUACUUACAACUUGCCAUGUUACAGAUAAAAACUGUAACUCUGACUUUGUGAUUUGCUGUUAUGUUCUGCCAAAACCACAAAAUCUUACCAAGUAUUAUUGGUCUAGUUUCUAAUGCAAAUUCUUUGUACAGUUUGAAUAAAAUAAAACUAACUCUUAAGUAACUCUUCAGCUGGAAUCAUGAGCUUCUUUUAAGUCUGUAAUUUCUUAAUGUUAUAAAUAUCCUCGCUCCAUUGGCAGAUUAUUUCACUUAUAAUAAAACAUUUUUAUAAGUGAAAUAAUCAACCUUUUCAUUAAUGUUAAAGGAAUUCUUUACUCUGAACAAGAUACAAUAUCUUGCUGAAAAAUUACUUAUGAGUUAGUUUUGUCUUACUUUAAGUUUGAUAAAUACUUUCUCUGGAAAGUAAGCCAAAAAAAUACUUGGCAUGAUUUUGUGUUUUUGCCGUGUUCGAGCUAUAAAAGCACUCUCGUUGGCACUGGUAGUUAUUUCAUUUCUGCGUGUUGCCUUCACUUGCACCAAAAGCAUAAACUGCUCUGGAUGUUUUGCUGAUUUACUGUAAGAGCCCUGUUUUUUUUUUUUUUUAAAUGCAUGUUUUUCUGAGAAUGACCGUUGGACUGGCUGUUCCUCUAAAAGUGCCAUCCGUGAUGUGGAGACGAAGAUCAGAGUCUCACUACUUUCUUGUGCUUUGUAAAGUGCAGCAUUUGUACAGUGAGGUUGUAUUUUUGUACACAGUAUGAUUUAUUUUUCCGCUUCCUGCUUCACUCUGGCUCUCUGUUCUUGUUGCCCACAAACGACUUAUGUCUGGUAGCACUGACCGAGAAAAGUGAUAGAAACAAUUAAAGGCUUUAGCUGUUUGA